AUGAGUAUAAUUUUAUUUACUCUAUUAACAUUGUUGUUUGAUUUAGCUUUUGAAAUAAGCAUAACAGAAUAUUAGACGAAUCCUAGAUUUAAGAAUUGCUUGAAUGUCAUAAAAGGAAAUUGUGAAAUGUGUGAUUAGCAAUAUUUUUUAUUUUAAUUACCACAAGAUCAUAAUGAAUUAGGAUUAAAGGCAGGAAUAAGAAUAUGUGUUGAAUGGUAUCUAUAUAAUUAUUACAUUUAAUAAAUAGUCCAUAUAUAAAAUUUAAUGAAGCGAACAAUUCAUAUUGUGGAGAUUGUUUAGAUAACAGUUAAACAUGGUAAGAAUAGUAUAUAUGGAAGGGAUAAAUCUCGACGUUGUACAUAUGAUUAUAAGACUAAAUCAACAGGAAUAUCAGUAUUUCAUAAAAUAGCUAGACCUGUUAAGCAAUUAUUUUAUGUAGUAAAGAGUGGAUAUUAGAUUGUAAUUUUAUGAAGAUAAUAUUUUAGUUUACAACUCAAAGUUGUGAUGGAUGUGAAAAUUUUUGUAAAUAUCAAAAUUAAACAUGUUUUUAAGUAUCGAAAUAGUUUUCUUAUGAUUUAAAUAAUUUGUACAUCAGUUGCUCAGAAGGAUAUGAAUAUAGUGAUAUAUUAGGAGGAUGCGAUCCUUGUCCUGAUAAUUGUAAGUCUUGUUAAAUAAAUAAAAAUAUAAUCACAGAUGAUUCAGGAAAAACAAUAGUGACUAUAAAAAAGAAUUGUAUGAUUUGUAAUUAAGGAUUCAGUUUACUUAUUACUAGAACAAAAUUAAAUGAAAUUGAAACCAAUACUUAAUGUAUAGCAUGUUUUACAGGUUGCGAUACCUGUUAUUUUGGAAAAAAUUAAACAAAUCUUAAUGAAAAACCUUGGGAUGACUUUAAUAAUCAUGAACUUUUAUUAACUCUCAAUUAUGAAGCAAAUUAAAUAAAGUUUUAUGAAGAUUUGUUUAAAUUAUAUUUUAUAGCAUAAAGAUGUGAAUAUUGUACAAGUACUACCUAGAGUACAUUUAUUCCAUCUUUGAAUAGAAGAAGUUGUGUAAGAUGUGGUACAAAUUGCAAGAGAUGCGAAUAUUAAUCUGGUUAAACAUUGUACAUAAUAUUGUAAUAAUAAUUAGUCCAACGAGAGAUAAAUUGAGAGUAGUCGAGCCUGAAAAUAGUGAACCAUCAAUAGAUGAUAUAAAAUAAAUAGAAUCUCAAUAUUUUGUAAGAUGUCGAGAAUGUGAUAAAUUUACUCAGACAUUUUUUGCCAUUGGAACUGGAUGUACUGAUUGCUAAAUUACAAAUUGUAAAUUAUGUGGAAAAGUUGGUGAUCCUAGUGUUGGUAGUCAAAUUAAAUUUUCAACAUUAGUUCCUAAUUUUGAACCUUUAGAUAUAGAAGGUAUUAAUACAUAAAAUAUUAAUAAGAAAAAUCUUUAGAGAAAUGUAUGGUUUGUUAAGAUGGAUAUUAUUUAUCUGAUGAUUAAAAAUAAUGUAAUUUAUAAGAUUCAAUAAAUAAACCUAAUUAAGGUUGUUUAACAUAUAAAAAAGAAGCAUUGAAAUAAUAAUGUUUAUUAUGUGAUAUUGGAUAUACUCUUUACAAUAAUGAGAAUUCAGGUAGUUGGGAAUGCACAAUGAAUUGUUCUUCUCUAAUAAAUGAUUAUUUAUGUUAAUCAUGUAUUUCAAAUGGAAAUAAUAUACGUUGUUUAAGAUGUUUAGAAGGUUACUUUGUUGAUAUGAUUACAGGUUUAUGUAAAAAAUGUUCAGAAAAUGGAUAUUGUAAAAAAUGUUAUAGUUUAUCUUUAAGUUCUGUACAUUAUUCUGAUUAUUUUGAUUAUAAAUUUGAUGAGGAUGAAAAUAUAUUAGGUCCAUUUUGUUAUGAAUGUACUCCUGGUGAUAAUAAUAAAGGACCUUUUUUAAAUGAAGAUCUUAGAUAUUGUGAAAAGGGAGGAGAUAAUUGUGAAGAAUUCUAACCUAAAGGAAUAAAAGGUUACUGUAAUAAAUGUGAUAAAAAUAAAGUUGGAAUAUCUUUAAGUUCUUCAAUUGAUGGUUCUGAUUGUAUUGAAUGUCCAGAAAAUACUAUUGGUUGUAGAGAUCGUUCAUAAUCUGAAAUUACUCUAUUUAAUCCUUUUUAUGAUCCUACUGAUACAACAUUUUAAAAAUAUUCAAGAUUAUCAUUUAAAUGUGAUGGUAAUAAUUAUUAUUUUGAUACUAAAAUUGCUAGAUGCAUUUCUAAAAACGAUUUUUAAGAAUCUGGUGAUAGAUCAGAUGAAAUCACUAUUAAUGCUGAUUGUUAAUAAAACUAAGUAGAUGUGAAAGAUUAAUGGAAAAUUAAUGCCUAAUAUAGUGAUAUCACAGCUAAGGAUGCAUUUCUCAUUUUAGAAGAUAAAUUAGAUUCUAUAGUUAAAACAGAAUUAUUUAAUGAUUGGAAUAAAAAGGCUGUGACCAAAAUUACUAUCAUUCUUAAUUUCUAGUAUUAUAAAGAUAAUUCAAAAUGUUUCUUCUAAAAGGAUACUUAUUUUACUACAAAUAUAAAAAAGAAUGUAUUCUCUAUUAAAGAAUUAGAAUUAAAAAUUAUUACUAAUUCUCAUAAUUAAGGUGAGAGAAUUUAGUGGUUUAUUUAAAGGAAUAUCUAUUUUACAUAUUUUACAUCUGUCUCAAUUAGAGGAUUUGAAUUAUAUCCUGCUAAUGAUUUAGAAGAUUCAUUAAUAUCUUCCCAUAUACCAAAAUAUGAAUAUCCUUUUGGUUUAUUAUUCAAAAACAAUACUGGUUCUAAAUUCAAUUUGGAAAAUGUGAAAAUUGGAAAUCUUAAAGCUGAAAGCCAUUAUAAAGAUAAAAGUUAAUAUACAACACCUUAUAGUUUAAAAGCAAUUUAGAAUAAGAUGUAAAAGCCAUUCUUUACUCAACUUCUUAAUACUUAUGAAAUAUAUUUCUUAGAUGUUGAAAUAUAUUCUUAGUAUUACUUACUUAAUUCUGAUAUUACAUUUCAACCAAAACCUUUUGGUCUAAUUUAUGAUUCUGAAAUAACAUUACCUUAUUUGAAUAUUAAAUUAGAAAAUGUUAGGUUUUAUGAUAUAGCUGUUGAAAAUUAAGCAAUUUUUGAAUUAUAAUAAGUAAAUUUUUUAACUGCUCCUGAAUGGAGUAGUAAAAUUUUGAUUACUCAAGUAUAAUUUUAUGAUUGUUAUUUUAUAAACAAUGGUGCUUUUCUAAGUACAACUAUCUUUAAUUAACCUAUGGGUAUGAUAGUUAUUAAUUCUUUAAUGUUGAGAAAUAUUGAAUAUAAUAAUUCAAGGGGAAUUGUUGAUUUCAAUACAAUGUAGUAAAUCAAAGUGAAUAAUUUUUAGAUGUAUGACUCAAAAAUUAAUUAUACUGCAUUAUUCCAUAUAACAACAAUUGAAUUGAGUGAUGUUUAUUUGAAGAAUAUAUCAUUCACAAAUAAUGGUAGAUUAAUAUAAACAAAAUAUGAAUUAAAAACAAUAAGAGUUGGGAAUCCUUAAUUUUCAGGAUUAAAAUUAUUUUUUAUCAAUUUAGAAUUUGAUUAAAUUAUUUGUUUAACUCCAUAAUGUUUAUUAUUAAUAACAGAAAUUAAAAAUGAAUAUGAUAUACCAAUUAAUAUUACAAUGAAAGGAUUAAUUAUUAAAUAAAUUAAUACAACAGGAUUUGAUGAAAAAAUAUGGGAAGCAGCUACUAGUGCUUCUAUAAGAAUAGAAAAAAGUAAUACUUUGGUAGUAUCGGAUUUUGAGAGUAUUGAGAAUGCUGAUUUAGCAAUAUUUUAUGUAGAAUAAGUGUGGAAUACUAAAUUUAUAAAUAUUAAUUGUCAUUAAAAGAUAGGAUUAAAGAUAAGAAAUAAUUAUUGUUUAUUUAUAAAUAAUGCUUAUUAAAAUGUAGAAUUGUUGAAUAUUUAAUUACACAAUUUGAUUGGGAGAGACAAUUCAUUUAUUGGAAUUUCUUCUUGGAGUAAUUUAAUUUAUAAUACUUCAACUGCAGAUUACUUAGAAACAAUUAUAAUUAAUGGAGUAUAAGUAAUUGAAUGUAAGAUUAUUACAACAGUAUUAGCAGUUCCUUCAUCAGCUAUACUAAUAGAUUCAACUUAAAUGUAAAUAGUGUAAGUGAAUUCUUUGUAUUUCUAUAACAAUCAUCAUAUAAUGAAUAUAUCUGGAUCAUUGAGGCCAAGCAAUCCUACAUUUUUGAUGAGAAGUGUAGUAGGAACUUUAAUUUUGAAGGAUAGUUUUUGGAGAUCAAAUUUUGUUUAAGGUUAUGGAGCAGUUCUAUAUUUAGAAGUAGGAACUUAGAUUAUUUCAAAUAUUUCAAUGAUUAAUAGUAACUUUGAUAUUCAAACAAAAACACCAUUUCCUUUAAUCAAUCAAAUAGCAGAAGGAGGUCAUCUAUAUUUAUCUGCUACUUAUUUAGACAUGAAUAAUUGUACAUUUUCUAAUUCAACUGCUAAAUUAGGUGGAGGUUUAUUUAUAAGAACUUUAAAAGAAGGAAUUAUUACUAUUAAUAAUAUUUCUAUUUAAUAUGCUUAUACUCCUUUAAAUGGAGCCAUAUCAUCAAAAGGAGGAUGUUUAUAUAUAGAUUCUAUGGCAUCAGAAUUAGAUAUGAAAAUAUUGAAUACACAUUUAAAAAAUUGUUUUACUAGAGGAGGAGGUGGUGCAAUCUUUUUAGUUAGUUAUGAUAAAUAAUAAAAUUUUAGAAUUGAAGAUUCUUUAAUUUCUAAUUGUUAUGCACUUAAUGGUCUUGCUAUUAAAACUAUAUUUCAUUCAAGAACUUAUUAAAGACAAAAGAUGAUAUUAUAAACAUUAAAGCUAUAAGGAAAUUAAUCGAAUUCUUUAGAAUAUCUAUUGUAUUUAGAUAAUUUGUAAUAAAUAGAAAAAUUUUUAUUUCUUAAAAGAAUAGCUGCUAUUGAAUAAGAUUAUGGUUAAAUUGAAAUUUAGAAUGCUUAUUCAGAAGGUUUAGUUUAUUAUGGAUACAUUUCAAUAUGGUAAGCAAAAUUCAUUAAAUUAAAUACAUUAGUAUCUUAAAAUAGUAUUAUUUCGUAUAGACCUUAUAUAGAAAUAUUAGAACCAUUAGAAAAUCCAUUAGAAAUAGAUUUAGUUUAAUUUAGAAAUAUUUCCUCAAUUUCAAUAAAUAAUUUAAAUUGUACUUCUAUUAUUAAUCAUGGAUUGUGUAUAGUUCUUUAAAUAAGAUUAGAAUUCCCAGGAUUUAAAAUCAACCCCGCUUUAAUGAUAUUCGAUUUAAUUUAAGAGACUACACGUUUAUAAAUGAAGAAUAUAAUUAUUGAUGGUAUUAUUUGUAAAGAAUGUCAUGGAGGUUUAGUUUAAAUAAUGAGAGUUUAAAAUUUGAAAUUAAUUCCUUUGGUUGUUAUGAGUCAAUGCAAAUGUUUAAACUCAGAAUCAUCUUAUUAUGGAUGUUUCACUAUUUCAAGUGAAUCAUACUUUAGAGAGUAGGUUAUGAUUGAUAAAACUCUGGGUACAACUUUAACAUCUAAUUUAACAGCCGAAAAAAUAAUUUAAUUGACUAAUUUAAUAUAGUAUUAAUAGGGAAGAAUAUUAGAAUAGGAAAUAAUUAAUUAGACUUAGACUUAAUAUAAUUUUAAUUACACAACUCCUAAUCCUUCAUAUUAAUCACAUGUAGUAGUAGAAUUACUAAAAAUAUCAGAUGUGAAAGCAAUUCAUGGUGGAGGUAUUUCAUUUUAUGGUUUAACUGUUAAUUUAACCUAAACACAUUGUGCAUUUGCAAAAGUAACUGGAAGAGGAGGAUGUAUUUAUUUUGAAUCCUAUCCUAAAAAUGGAGGAACUAUUUAUCAUCGUAUAAAUAUUGCAAAUAGUCAAUUUUUAAGAAAUAAUGCAAGUAUAGGUGGAGCUAUUGCAGUUAUUGAAAGUGGAAUUAAUAAUUAUUCAUAAACAGAUAUUAUUUUCGCUAGAAAUUUCGCUGAAAAAUAUGGGGAUAAUGUUGCUGAAUAUCCAAUUAAAUUGGGUGUAAAAAUUAAUGCUACUUUAAAAUAAUAAAAUUAUCAUCUAAUUAUUAAAAGUGGUUAUGAAAUGAACAAAUUUUUAAAUUAGCAAAUUUUAAUUGUAUAUCUUGACAAAAACAAUCAAAUCAUGAGUUAUUAACAAGAUUAGAAUUGUACUUUAGUUAUAAAUAUUGACUAAAAUACAAAGAAUUAAACAUCAAUCAUAAAAAAAAUAAAUAAAUAAUUCAUCAAUGAGCAUAAACAUGGAUUUGAUUAUUCAGAUUCAAUUAUUUAUAUUGAUCCUUAUAAAUAAAUGACAAUUGAUGGCACUUUCAAUAGUAGUCAUAUUAAUAUACCCAUAUAUCAUGAUUAAUAUCCAUAUCAAUGCAUUGGUUUUGAUACUAGAUACACAUUAUAAAUUAGAAUUUCGUCAAUUGAAUGUUAGUUGGGAGAAUUCUAUGAAGAAUCUUAAGGAAUAUGUAUUCCAUGUGCAAAUGGUACAUAUGCGUUAACACUCAAAGCUAAUAUUUGUAAACAAAAAGUUUUUGAAACAAUGGAUUAUACUUAUAUGAAUUAAAUAAAAAUUAAAAAAUAUUAUUGGCGAUUAAAUUAUAAAAGUGAUUUAAUUGAAAAGUGUGUUAACAAAGAGAUUAAUUGUAAAGGAGGUUUUGAAAUCAAAGAUGAUUCUUGUCAAAAAGGAUAUAUAGGAGCACUUUGCGAAGAGUGUGAUUUAUAUGCCAUACAUUGGGAAUCAUCUUAUUACAAUUCGGCUAAAUAUGAAUGCCAAGUUUGUUCAGGAGAAUCAAUAAAAAUUGGAUUGUUAGUUAUUAUUUCUAUUAUUACUGUAUUCAGCACAAUUUAAUCAGUUAAAGCACAUGACGAAAUAAUCUAAAAAAUUGUUAUAAUGAGAUUUCAAAGACAUCUAAAAAUAUUAUUUCCUUUAAAAUCUUUGAACCAAACAGCUAUUUUAAUAAAAAUACUAUACAAUUUCCUUUAAUUACUCUCUAUAAUAGAAGGCUUUAAAAUUUCUAUUCCUUAAGGUACUUUAGAUACAAUAAAUACUCUCGGUAUGCCUGCUAAAGCUAUGGCAAAUGCCUUAGAUUGUAUUUUACCUGAAUAAACACAUUUCUUUAUUUAGAUAGACUAAAUUUAUCUCAGAAUUAUUUGGUCAUUAUCUUUCUUAUUAUUUUGUUUGAUAUUUGAGAUGGUUUCCUUUAUAUGCUUUCGCUUUUUAAAAUAUAAAUCACUAUAGCGCAAAACUGAAAAUGAGUCAAAAUCAGAUUAGGAUUAAUUGAAGAAUAAAUUAGAACAAAUAACGAAUAUUUAUAAUUCUAGGGAUCAAUCGGAUAUUUUAAAAGCAAUGGCUUUUUAUUUUUUUUUAUUUUUAUAACCUACUUUUUUAAUUGAAUUUGGAAAUCUUAUUGUUUAUAGAAAUAUUAGUGAAGAUUCAUAUGUUUAAGCUAAUGUAUCUUAUAUGUAUAAUACUUAUAAUCACUCUUAAUGGUUAUUAUGGUUUGCAUAUCCUGGAUUCUUCAUUUUAUUGUUUUUACCAUUAAUCUUUAUCUACAAGAUAAAAGUAGGUAAUCAUAAUAAAAAAUUAAAUAAAAUCUUGUAUAUGAAACAUUGGGGAUAUAUAUAUCUAGAUUACAUAGAUGAAAAAGGUAAAAAGAAUUAAUGUUAUUGGGAGUUUUUUAGAUUAUAUAUUAGAUCAUCUAUUUGCAUAAUAAUUUGUUGUUUGGCUCAAAAUUUUAUAAUGAUGGUAUAAUUUUAUUUAUAAUUAAUAGUCUUCAUUAUCUUUGAUUUGUAUAUUUAUCUAUUUGGUAUUUAGUAGUUAUUUUCAACCUUAUUCAAAUAGAAAAAAUAAUAAAAUCGAUAAAUUUUCUUUUUUUCUACUCACAAUCACUUUUAGUUUUUCAAUAGUUAUUUAUUAAAGUAUUUAAACUAAUAAUUAAAAUUAUUAAAUAGCAAUAGCUGGAAUUAUUAUUUUGUAUCUCUUAAAUACUCCUUUUAUUUUAUACUUAAUAUUAGAGAUUAUUAAAGAAGCUUUUUAAGGUUUACCAAGUAUUAUCGAGAAAUUCAAAGAUAAAACUGAAUAGAAUUUUCUAUAAUUAAGAGUAAAGAAAAAUUGUUUGAAUUGUUGGCAUUGUUGUAAUUAAGAUCCUGGUUAUUUAUAUAGACUGAAUAAAAAAGUAAAAGUUAGAAAUGUUAAAAAAAGAGCUUAAGAUGUUUGGAAAGAUCUUUAGGCAAUAGUUUAUGAAAGUAUAGAAGAAUGGAAAUUAGAUAAAAGUCGGCAAUUCAAAAUUAAAAAAUGGUAUCAUCAAUCAUUCAAACUACAAGAUGAAAGAAUAGAUUUAUUAUAAGAAAUAGAAUGA